UGUCCCAUCAUUGGUAUCAGUGGGAGGAAUAGUGCCCCAUCAUUGGUGUCGGUGGGAGGAAUAGUGCCCCAUCAUUGGUGUCAGUGGGAGGAACAGUGCCCCAUCAUUGGUGUCAGUGGGAGGAAUAGCACGCCAUCAUUGGUAUCAGUGGGAAGAAUAGCGCCCCAUCAUUGGUGUCAGUGGGAGGAAUAGCGCCCCAUCAUUGGUAUCAGUGGGAGGAAUAG